AUGUCGAUAAUUUAUUUUUUUCGUGAGGAAAUGGCAGAUGCAGCCGAGCGGAAAGAGAAUAGGAGUAGUAGAAAGAGAAGCAAUGGCGCAAUCGGCGUGUGUCUGUCUCCCAUUUACUCGUUCAAUGAAUUGUUAUUUUUUUCCUUCUUCAUUUACUUUCACCGAUAUGUUAUACUUCUUUUUGUUUUUUUCUUCUUAUUUUGUUUAAGUUUCAUUCACAUUUUUGUUUUCUUUACUUUUGUUUUUUGCUUUUUUAUUCACACUAUUUCCGUUUUUUCUUCUUUCUUCUUUUUUCCUAUUUUCUUUCUGUUCUGUUCUCGCUUUCCUUUUCUUUUUUUUCUUUCUUUUUUCUUUCUUUCUUUCUUUCUUUCUUUCUUUUGCUCCUUUUUCGCAUUUUCGGAAAUUUCCUAUUCUCUUUCUGUAGAUGUGUAUUUAUUUAUCUAUUUAGUUUUAUUUAACCAACUUUAUUUCUUUCUAAUUCUUUUUUCUUUUCUUCCUGUUUUUUUUUUCUUUCUUCCUCUUUUCUUUUACUUCUGUUUAUUCUUUCGUCCUUCCCGCCUUUCUCUCAUUAUAAUCAUUUUACUUUUGCAAUAUUUUUCCGUCCUUCUUUCCUUUUGCAUUUAUUUUUCUUUCUUUCUUUCUUUCUUUCUUUCUUUCUUUCUUUCUUUCUUUCUUUCAAACUUUUUUCUUCCCAAUAAUAUCUGCCUUCUUUCUCCUUUCUUUAUUUUUUCUUUCUUUUUUUCAAUCAUUUCUCUUUUUUUUUAG